AUGGCUGGUUCUAAUUCUACUAAUAUCAUCGAUGUUACCAAUGAUCACAACACAUCUUGCUCCAACAAUACCCCUACUAGUACUAAUAAUAACAAGUUGUACAAAGGUGUGAGGAAGAGAAAAUGGGGAAAAUGGGUAUCUGAAAUUAGGCUUCCAAAUAGCCGUGAGAGAAUAUGGUUAGGAUCAUAUGACACACAAGAGAAAGCUGCAAGAGCAUUUGAUGCAGCCCUUUAUUGUCUACGUGGUCCUCAAGCUAGUUUCAAUUUCCCUAAUACACCUCUUACCAUCAAUGUAGCUGUUCAUCAUCAUGGUGUUCCUCAUGUUAACUCUCUUUCACCACAAGAGAUUCAAGAGAUUGCAGCUAGGUUUGCCAAUGAGUACACACCACCAAUUGAGUUGAGUACUACUCAUGAAGAAGAAGAAGGAGAUCAACAAGUACCAUUGUUAGAGUCACAAAAUAAUGCAAAUUCUAAUUCUUACUCAUGUCCUCUUUAUGAUAAUGAGGGUGAUUUGAGGAGGAUGGAUUGGACAUUUGAGGAUAUGUUGGAUGACAUGAAUGGAGUUGCUAAUGGCUCUCAUUUUGGUUAUUAUGGACUGGAAAAGAUGCAAUACUCGAGUGAUAUACAAUAUUCUAAUCAACUUUUUGAGGAGGAUAGUGUGGACCAAAUUGAAUGUGAAGAUUCUUUUUCAAACCAUUCCUUCCUUUGGAGUUGGAACUUUUGA